ACACACACCUCCAUCCCCCCACAACACAUUUGCCAUGGCCAUCAAGUAUCUGAUCUUGCUCUCUCGGCAGGGCAAAGUGCGCCUGGCCAAGUGGUUCACCACCCUCGCCCCCAAGGACAAAGCCAAGAUUGUCAAAGAUGUGUCGCAGCUCGUCCUCGCCCGCCGCACUCGCAUGUGCAAUUUCCUCGAAUACAAAGACACCAAGAUCGUAUACCGUCGAUAUGCCUCCCUCUUCUUCAUUGCUGGGUGCGACUCCAUCGACAACGAACUGAUUACUCUCGAAAUCGUGCACCGCUAUGUCGAACAAAUGGAUAAAUACUAUGGCAAUGUCUGCGAGCUUGACAUCAUCUUCAACUUCCAAAAGGCGUAUUUCAUCCUCGACGAACUUUUGCUAGCCGGCGAACUUCAAGAGAGCAGCAAGAAGAACGUGCUGAGAUGCAUUGGGCAGCAAGACAGUCUGGAGGACAUGGAGGUAAGUUUGGCAUCGUCGUCUCCUUUUUAUAGGCCAUGA